AUGACGAAAAGAUGCUCCCACUCAUCCCUAAAACCAUCGUUUACUUUCUUAAUAAUUAAGAACUCUGCUCUCCACCAGGUAACUAUCCCCUUGCAGAAAGGCUACGCCGAGAAGAAAUCGCCAUUGCCCGUUAAGUACCAGAGAGGGACAGGAAAAGAUUUUCCACUAGCCGAAUCUCCGUCGCAGAGGAGGCUGCAGUACGGUCCUCGCCGGUGCCCGACUCCUCCCCUGCGCUCAGACAGCCCAGCCUGGCUACUGAGGCCGGGAGCCCCGCGGGCCCGCAGCCCCGGAGAGGGGGCAGAGGGCGCGGGGGCCUUGGGACGCAGAGGCGCCGUGAAGGCAAAGGCGAGGAUUGAGAGGGCCGGACCCCGGAGAGGAGAGCACGCGGCGCUGGGCCAGAUGCGGGAGAGGACGCGCGGAUCUGGAAGGGAUGUGAAGGUCCCGGACGCGGGGCAGCUCCGGGCGUCGUGCGUGGGGUGGAGGCCCCGGCGCCACCUGCAACCGGGUACCGUGCACCGGGCAGCUCCGAGGCUGGAGGGCUGCAGGGCCGGGGGCCGGCGGGAAAGAGGACGGCCGCCAGGCAGAGCCGAGACGGCGGGAAGCUGCAGUCGGCGCGGGGGCCAGCGAGAACGAUGCACCCGGGCUGCUGGAUGCUUCCCCUUUUCGUCACACCAUCUCCAGUCUCCCUGCAGCCGGGAUGUGAGAAAAUCCACAGUAUCUGUUACACAUAGGAUGUCCCUGAGACUUCCAACCUAACCCCCAUGGCGAUGGAACGCAGCCAGGCGAUAGUUGAUGACUCCGACAGAAAUGAGUAAAAGGAGGGAGGAGGAAAGGGAAGGAAAAGGAAGGAAAGAAGACAGAAAAGCCACCGACGUUCUCCUAGGUCCUGAAGGAAAGGGGUUUAAAGGCACCAAAUAAAAAUGUUAUCUUUGUUUUACUGGCAUGCCUUCAUUCUUGUUGAUUUACAAAUAAGAUCACCACAUCGAAAAAUUAACAGGACAAUAAGUUCCGAUCAAACGUCCAAGAAAAACUAAUUCAGGUUGUCUUGUCUUUACAGACCUGUGAUAACUAUCUGCAUCUGC